AACAUGUCAAGUUCUUAUGAAUACUUGAGUACGCGUGUCAUACAUUCGAAUGGAUAUGUUUAUUUUAAUAAUAAAUGGGAUACGAUACUCUAGAGAAAUAUACAGAGGAACGUAACAUUCGUCUGGGGGAAUACUAUUAUGAAUAUUUGACUGUUAUGUGAUGGGUUUUGUAACGAAAUAGCGAAAAAAGUUAAAAUACUUACUUUUUUAAUCGGAUAACUGAAAAAAUGGAUGUUUGAAUUUAAAUUGCAUUUCAUAAUUGGCAUUGACGUAGAACACGAUUCGUUCGUUUUUGAAAUUUGAGGAAAAAUAAAAUAAACAUUUGAAAUAUGGGCCGAAAAUUCAAAUCUCGUUCGAUACCAGAACAGGACCGAAGGAUUUGUGGUGGUAUUUGUUUUUGUCAGUUCACUAUCGUAAUAAGUUGUGUUUCUUUGGUUUAUCUUACUGUCGCUAUAUAUAUGCCAUCCCACAGAGCAUUUAACGCAGGUAUCGAUCCUGAACCCGUAAUGUGCCAAACAGUUAAUGCUACACUAGUAAAUUAUUGCGCGUGGGCGAGUUGUGGGGAAUGGUGUUUGACCAAAACGACAGGAUUCUGUCCGCAAAUUCACGCCACUGUCCGACGUAAUGGCACUGAUUUAAUUCUAGAAAACUGUACCAAGUUUGGUAGCAUUGCAUGUCCUCAAGUAAAUCUUCUGAAAUUGAAGAGAUACAACUGCAACAAUGGUAGCGAGUGCGGAUCUCUGACGGGUGUAUUCAAUUGCAGUCUCGGUCACUGUGCAAAUAUGAGCGAGCUGGUGCUGUGUCACCACAAAGCCGACGGGAUUAUCGUCGACAGCGAGAAAGAUAACAUGAAACUUAAUGGAUUCUUUGAUUGCCAAAACUCAAGGUGCACCAAAAUAAAGCGGCCCUUCUCCUGCGACCGCUACUGUCCGAAAAUAAAUUCAAACAAUAUUAACGUCUAUCUCAUGCAGGACGAUAAUAUUAUUACGGCUAAAUGUUCACGUGCAUCGGCACUCAACAAAGCUAAUGGAAAUGCCCUCGGUACUCGACUAGAUACUCCAAUUCAAAUUUGGGAGGAUAUUAAUAACGAUUCUGCUAUUAUUGCCAGCUGCUUUGCUGUCAAAUUCCAGGGAAAUGUCAUCAGGACGGAGGACUGCGUGAAUGGGACGACGAUCGAGCCGGCGAAGAUCCCGGGGCUGUGGAUGAACCUGACGAGCUUCUUGAGUCUCUACGACAAGAGCCUGGGGAAGCCCUUGGACCCGACUAAUGCGUAUCUUCCCUCUCAGCGGUCACUCACGAUCUACAAUACUUCGCGGCUCUACAUCAAUCUCGAGGGCUGUGUCAACACUCUGAAGGGCGAGUGCCGCGAUUUUCUCCAAACUCAUGGCCGUGAUGGUGACAAUCAAACUGCACAGAGCCGCUAUCCUUGCUUUCAUAAAAGAAAUGAUUCAUCAUUCGUCGUGGCACGUUUCGAUCUUAACAAGACACGUACCGAACUGCUGAUAGCAACAAUAGUUCCAUCAGUAUUAUUUCUAAUAAGUUUCGUGACACUGGUAAUAAUAACACGUUCAGUCCAAGUCGGCGACGACACAAAGAUGCGGUGCCGAUACUGCACCGAGCGACAGGUCCGCGAGGGCGAGGACGAGGGUCUGGUCCAAACCAGCUCGGGAUCAACGACCCAGGCCAAUUCCACGGCUACAGAGAUACGCAGUAUGGCUUUAUAGCAAUUCAAACUUAACAUAAACUCGUCAAUGUACGAGAAACUACCAUUGAUCGACACCGAA